GUGGAGCUCAGGGCCUGAAAAAGACCAAGUGGUUGUGGUCCUUCCUCCCAGGUUUUUCUGGGUCAGCGGUGCCCACUGGACCCGGUGAACCCACAGAUGCCUUCAAAGAGCUCAGUGGGAGGGGCGGGGCUCCUUGGGGGAAGCUGGUGAAGCUCUGACCACAGACCUGGGAGCCGGCCACCUCUGCCUGGUGCUCACUGCCAGCAGGAAGCCACAAGCUACGUGAACUGAUUGAGACAGCAGGCAUGGGCUUUUCCUUUGGGAAUGCAUCAGGAGUUGCUGGUUAUAGCUAGAAGACUGCUUAUUCGCAAGGGUGCCAGGAGUUAAAAAGCUAUGGUGAAAAGCUACUGAGCGUUUGUCAAGGAUGGGAGUGGUGAGCAGCAAAAAGCAGAUGAAGCAGAAGGGUAAGGGCCGCUGGAGCCCUGUGAAGGUCAGCACCCAGAGCAGAGACCCCCCACCACUGCCCCCCCUGGUCCUGUUUAACCACCUGGCUCCUUCGCCUCCGGACGCAGACACGAGCUGGGACCAAGAGGAGCAUUUCGUGGUGGCCCUGUAUGACUACACCUCAGUGAACGACAGGGACCUGCAGAUGCUGAAGGGGGAGAAGCUGCAGAUAUUAAAGGAAGCCGGAGACUGGUGGUUGGCCAGGUCUCUCAUCACGGGAAGAGAAGGCUACGUGCCCAGCAACUUCGUGGCCCGAGUAGAGACCCUGGAGGUGGAAAAGUGGUUCUUCAGAUCAAUUAGCCGGAAAGAUGCUGAGAGGCAGCUUCUGGCUCCGAUCAAUAAGGCAGGCUCCUUUCUUAUCAGAGAGAGUGAAACCAACAAAGGUGCCUUUUCUUUGACUGUGAAGGAUGUGACCACACAGGGGGAGGUGAUCAAACACUACAAGAUCCGCUCCCUGGAUGAAGGGGGCUAUUACAUCUCCCCCCGCAUCACCUUCCCCACUCUCCAGGCAUUGGUGCAACAUUAUUCUCAGAAAGGGGAUGGUUUAUGCCAGAGGCUCACUCAACCCUGUGUCAGUCCGGCUCCUCAGAACCUGUGGGCCCAAGAUGAAUGGGAAAUCCCCCGGCAGUCUCUCAAGCUGGUCAGGAAACUCGGGUCUGGGCAGUUUGGCGAAGUCUGGAUGGGUUAUUACCAGAACAACGUGAAAGUGGCCAUCAAGACUUUAAAGGAGGGGACCAUGUCUCCAGAGGCCUUCCUGGGUGAGGCCAACCUGAUGAAAACUCUUCAGCAUGAGAGGCUGGUUCGUCUCUACGCCGUGGUGACCAAGGAACCCAUUUACAUCGUGACCGAGUACAUGGCCAGAGGCUGCUUACUGGAUUUCCUGAAGACAGAUGAAGGUAGCCGGCUGUCCCUCCCAAGACUGAUCGACAUGUCAGCCCAGAUUGCCGAAGGAAUGGCGUAUAUCGAGCAAAUGAAUUCAAUCCACCGCGACCUGAGGGCGGCCAACAUCCUGGUGUCUGAGUCCCUGUGCUGCAAAAUCGCAGACUUUGGCUUGGCCCGCAUCACUGACAGUGAAUACACUGUCCAAGAAGGGGCCAAGUUCCCCAUCAAGUGGACUGCCCCCGAGGCCAUCCAUUUCGGGGUGUUCACCAUCAAAUCAGACGUGUGGUCAUUCGGAAUCCUCCUGAUGGAAAUCGUCACUUAUGGGCGUGUGCCCUACCCAGGAAUGAGCAACCCCGAGGUCAUCCGCUGCCUGGAGCGGGGCUACCGCAUGCCGCGCCCCGACUCGUGCCCCCUGGAGCUGUACCACGGAGUCAUCACCGAGUGCUGGCGGAGCCGGCCAGAGGAGCGGCCCACCUUCGAGUUCCUGCAGUCGGUGCUCGAGGACUUCCACACGGCCACCGAAGGGCAGUACGAGCUACAGCCCUAGGCCCGGCUCGAGGAAACGGGUCUGGCACCAGCAGGGCCUGGAGAUGCCUCGCACCCCCGGGACCUGCAGAACUGACAACGCAGGUUCACCUCGCGGCUCUUACUCCAGCCCCAGGCUGACUGGAAGGGCAGGGAGGCAUUGAUAGGCCCAUUUCUCAGAUGAGGAAAGUAGACUAGAGGCAGGCUGACAGGUGGGACACAGCAUGGACUCCGGAGAUCCCAUCGCAGUCCCACCCUUCUUGGGCUGUGUGACCUUGGGCAAGUUAUUUAGCCUCUGUGCCUCCACUGUCUCAUUUGUUCAACGGGGAAGAACCCUAAUAGUACCUACCUCGUAUGUUCUUCAGGGGGAUUACAUUAGUUAACGCCAGUAAGAUGUCCAGAAUAAUGCCUGGCACACUGUGAAGUGUUGGCAUCAUUGUAAGACAACCCCGUGCUGGCAUCCAAAGCGAGAAGUGCGCUGCAAGUGGCCGGGAGUCGCGCUGCGCCCAGCUUCGCGGACCCCUGUGUGGCUUCUCUACUACCCCAGAAGCAGCACCGGGUCCUCCGAGAUGUCCGUUCAGAAAAGUGUCCACUUGCUUCAGCUCUGGGCGGGUAGCUCUGUCCUAGACUGCACUCCAGCACUUGGGGACUCUUCCGUAACAAAGGUACGAGAUCUGAGCUUUGUUGUGUCGUCACUGGUGACGAGCCCGGACUUCGCUACGUGACAUAGGUGGUUUGCAUGAGUGGCGCAGCAAGGGACUCGCAGAUGGCCCUGGGUUUCGGGUAGAAACCGAGCUCCCAGCUCCAAGGGCAACACCGCAGACUCGACCGUCAUCGCCUUUAGGGGCGGCUUGAGCAUGGCCAGCAGGUGGCGCCCUCACCUCAGAAAUCCUGGCCUCCGGUUCUGAGUCGGGACGCUUUGCUCUGACAGUGUAGCCGCGAAUCGUGUUGGAUGCGUGCAUAGAGAGGAGUGAGCGCCCCCCAGACUCCAGUCAUGGGACCAGGAGCAUCAUGCCCGUGGAUGAUCAGGGGAUGGUAACACCAAAAACGUUCAAGGUUUUACACUGCUCAGGAGACUCGCUGUUUAUUUUUUUGUUUGUUUUAUUUAUAAUACAUUGAUUAUAACAGAUUAUUAUGAAAUAGACUUAUUAUAAUAGAUUUUUUGAGCAUUUAGGUUUACUGAAAACUACCAGGAAAGUACAAAGAAUGCCCACCUACCCUUCACCCCACCUUUCAGUUUUCCCUGUUAUUAACAUCUUGCAAUAGUGUGAUACAUUGGUUACAAUUGAUGAGAUACAUUGACACAUUAUUAUUAACUAAAGCCAGUAGUUUACAUUAA